AUGGUGACUGCGGAACAACUAGCGCACACUCUACCUGAAGUGUACACGCCAACGCAACAUCAGGCAGACAUGGACGAAAAGUAUGAAGACAGUGUGUCUGCAGAUUAUGACACUGAGUAUCCUAAAAUGGCAUUGUCCUCCAAGCCUAAAAAUUUCACUUCAGUUCUUGCUACAAAGAGGACAAGAAAAGGUCAAAGACCACCUAAAGAUAGGAAUAAUAACCCCUGCCUGAAAAACGAAUACAGAGGUUACUGUGUUCAUGGGGUCUGCCAAUACCUAAAGGAACUUAACCUUACAUCUUGCAUAUGUAAUGAGGGAUACACCGGUGAGAGGUGCCACUUUUUUAGCCUACCUGUUGGUAAGGAUGAUGUGAAAGACGACAACACCACAGCUUUGGCUGUGACUGCAGCAGUUCUGUCCUUAACGUGUCUCACCAUCAUUGGCAUUCUACUGGCCAUCAGGCUUAAACAGUGCAACAGAGUUCUGUUUUAA